AUGAAGGCGUCGAAGCCCCGACGUCGCCUUUCGCUGACGAAGGCUCCCAAUAUCGAAGCGGAAGUUUCAUCGCCUGAAUGCGUUAACUUCUUCGACAACGCCGUCUGGAAACAAAUGAGCUCAAGAAAGUCGAGCCUCAGCCAGUACACUGUGCCGGGCGCCUUGUCCAGUCCAGGUUCCGGUGCGGAACCGAGCCUUUCUGGUACUCGAGAACCCUGGGUCAUUGCGCCCUGGGUUGCGGCGGGCGAUGCCGCCCCAGAACACGCGGAAAAGCAUGACGCCGAGGACGCUGGUCGUGACACGGUCGACGCGACCCUGGACGAGGAGAAGACGGUAUGGCAAGAAAAAGCGGAUGCCGAUGCCGAAGGGGAAGAUGACGCGUCGACUCCCGGGAGGAAUACUCCGGAGGAAAGCGUGCUCAAGCCAGGUCAAGCACUAGCAGACGCUGCUGCCCCCGGGCCUCAUGAACAACUCAGCUUAAGGUACAGCGAGGAGUCGAACCUAUCUGGAGACCGAAGUGGACGGUCGACACCCAGACUGCAUGACAACAUAAUACAUGAGGUCUGCGGGUUGGUACUCCAACAGGCGUUCGGUAUCCAGCUUCACGAUGUUGCCCUUGCGGGGACCGUCUCGUCGGUGUACGAAUCCGUUGGCUACUGCUUGGACGAGAUAUCCCACAUUGUUCUCAACAGCGGCCUUAGCAAUACCGGAAUCGUGAUCGAUGAGUCAACAUGGGGAAGAACGGGCACCAACGCCGUUCCCAUUUGGCCGGCCGGGGGUGUUGCGGAUGGGGUGGGUUCCGGUGUUGGGGGCGAUGGGGGUCAGGGCAAUGGUGGCGGGAGUCGAAAACGGUCCAACGCCGGGCAUGAUCAUGGCGGUGGUGCUGGCGACGGCAGCCCCGGCGACGGGAAACGUCAAAGGGUUUCGCAAAUCCAGCAACCGUCUUCCGACAUGCAUUUUAGUUGCCCGUUCCGCAAGCGGAAUCCGGUGCGUUUCAAUGUCCGGGACUUUCAGAGUUGCGCAGUUCAGUCGUUCCCGGAUGUUCCCCAGCUCAAGCGGGCCAUGGGAACACAGAGGGCCUUGAACGAACAUAUCUCUGUCGGCAAGGACGAGAUCUGCGACCCUCAGGCGGUGCCGCCCAGUGCAGAUCCAGAAGAUGGCAUCACGCCGGGGAUCGAAGAGGCUCUCAAUGAGCGCAAGGCGGACAUCAAGAUCGACGGCUGGACGAGUUUGUGGGGUCGUUUGUUCCCCGGCGAUGUUGAUAUCCCCCAGCCCGAUUUUGUACCCCCGACCGAGCUGGAUGAAGUGUAUGCUCAGUUCAACACGGACCAUGCCAUGAGCCAGCUGCGGCAACGGAUUCGGGAAGGGAUGGGACCAGCCGGCGAUGUCGACUCUGUUUUCGAUGUUUUCAGGAAUCAUCUCGACUUUAUUUUCGACGCCUGCCGGUUAAAGUCUGGUGGGGUGGCGAAUAGCCGCAGACGGUUGCGUAUACAAACGCCGCGACAGAUGGCAAGUCGGCGGGGCUCGGUACUGCUUACCCCUGGGCGGCAGGGCUCGGGACGUUCCGAGAGCAGUGUUUCGUCACCAGCUGUUACUCCUCACAGAACCAACAUCUUGGGAAACCUGGAUCAGUCGCUGAUGGUGGAGCCACAGCCACACACGCCGUACAUGCCGCCAACUACCGAUGGUUACCCCAUCGGCGGCGUGGAUAGCCUCGGGGGCAUGACGCUGGGCUUUCUUCCCUGCGGCAAUGCAAGCAACGGCCAACCACGCCAACCUGUUACUGUCCCACCGCCGAUGCAGGUUCAUUUAGGGUUUGGCAGCCGAGAUCAGAACAUGGCAGGCACGCUGGGCAGUCAGCACGGACAUGGGCAGCGGCCCCGGCUGCUGCCUACCGACUCGGGGUUGGCUGUCAACACUUCGUUCUCGGGCCAACAAACAGCAAGCUUCUCGUCUGUUCUGCCGCUGGGGCCACAGAAUCCCUACUCACCUAUGAGCUUUGGGCAGGAAAUGCAAGAUCUCUAUUUGCGACCGCUCCCGUCCGCGCUGCAAGAGGUGCACGGGGCGCAGGGGCGGAUGGAUAGUGUGACAAGAGGUGCCAUGAUCGAGGGGGGUGACCCAUCGGAUGUACUCAAGGCAGUUAUUUAUCCAGAAAUCUAUGUUGUCCAUGACUUUACCCCAUGA